UUCCUAUUGAAUUUAGAUAUGUUACUAGAAUUCCAAGAGUUGAAACUAUAUCCAAAGGAAAAACAAAAGAAGAAAACUCUGAUGUAAGUAAAAGUAAAUAUGAAUCCUCGAGUGAAUCUGAUAAAUCCACUGAAUAUAAAGAUAAACAACUUGAAGAAAGAAUCUAUACUCUUAAUCUUUGGCAAUAA